GAUUUCCUUUUUAUUAUUACUCUUUUAUUUCACUUUAUUUUAUCAUUUUGUGGCAAGAAAACCUGAAGAAACAUGCUCUUUUUUCAGCUGCCCACGGGAGAAUAUGUUUUAGUCUGAGAUGGAAUAAUGGCCUUAGUCUUGAGGACCAAAUCUGGAAUGGGAAUUCAGACUGCACACGUCCUGGUAGGUUUCUGGUUGUGACAGAUGAGACAUGAGAUCUUCAGCAUCCAGGCUUUCAAGUUUUUCUUCAAGAGAUUCACUAUGGAAUCGGAUCAUGCCGGACCAGAUCACCGUGUCGGAGUUCAUCGCCGAGACCACAGAGGAUUACAACUCCCCGACCACCUCCAGCUUCACCACCCGCUUGCAGAACUGCAGGAACACGGUCACGCUGCUGGAAGAGGCAUUGGAUCAAGACAGAACUGCACUACAGAAGGUGAAAAAAUCUGUGAAAGCAAUAUAUAGUUCGGGGCAAGAUCACGUUCAAAAUGAAGAAAACUAUGCACAAGUUCUAGAUAAAUUUGGAAGUAAUUUUUUAAGUCGGGAUAAUCCAGAUCUUGGCACAGCUUUUGUAAAAUUUUCCACACUUACUAAAGAAUUAUCAACACUCUUGAAGAACUUGCUCCAGGGUUUAAGCCACAAUGUUAUUUUCACUUUGGAUUCUCUCUUGAAAGGAGACUUAAAAGGUGUUAAAGGGGACCUCAAAAAGCCUUUUGACAAAGCCUGGAAAGAUUAUGAAACCAAAUUUACAAAGAUUGAAAAGGAGAAAAGAGAACAUGCAAAACAGCAUGGGAUGAUAAGAACUGAGAUAACAGGAGCUGAGAUAGCAGAGGAAAUGGAGAAGGAGAGGCGGCUGUUUCAGCUACAGAUGUGUGAAUAUCUUAUUAAGGUUAAUGAAAUCAAGACAAAAAAGGGUGUGGACCUUCUGCAGAACCUUAUUAAAUAUUACCAUGCACAAUGCAAUUUCUUCCAAGAUGGCUUGAAAACAGCUGAUAAACUUAAACAAUAUAUUGAAAAGUUGGCUGCUGACUUAUAUAAUAUAAAGCAGACACAAGAUGAAGAAAAGAAACAACUUACAGCUCUUCGAGAUUUGAUAAAAUCUUCUCUGCAGCUUGAUCAGAAGGAGGAUUCACAGAGCAGGCAAGGAGGGUACAGUAUGCAUCAGCUUCAGGGGAAUAAGGAAUAUGGCAGUGAGAAGAAAGGUUAUCUUUUAAAGAAGAGUGAUGGGUUAAGGAAAGUAUGGCAAAGAAGAAAGUGCACUGUUAAAAAUGGAAUUCUUACCAUCUCACAUGCAACGUCCAACAGGCAACCAGCUAAACUGAAUUUAUUGACCUGCCAGGUGAAGCCAAAUGCUGAAGAUAAGAAGUCCUUUGAUCUAAUAUCACAUAACAGAACAUACCACUUUCAAGCAGAAGAUGAACAGGAAUACGUAGCAUGGAUAUCAGUAUUGACUAACAGCAAAGAAGAAGCAUUAAAUAUGGCAUUCCGUGGAGAGCAGAGCACAGGUGAAAACAGUUUAGAGGAUCUGACAAAAGCCAUUAUUGAUGACAUACAGAGAUUACCCGGAAAUGAAGUCUGUUGUGAUUGUGGCUCACCAGAUCCAACAUGGCUAUCAACUAAUUUGGGCAUUUUAACCUGCAUUGAGUGUUCUGGAAUACACAGGGAAAUGGGUGUCCAUAUUUCUCGAAUCCAGUCUUUGGAAUUAGACAAAUUAGGAACGUCUGAACUCUUGCUGGCCAAGAAUGUAGGAAAUACUAGUUUUAAUGAUAUUAUGGAAGGGAAUUUACCUAGUCCUUCACCUAAACCCAGUCCAUCAAGUGAUAUGACUGCACGUAAAGAAUUUAUCACUGCUAAAUAUGUAGAUCAUAAGUUCUCUAGGAAGACUUGUGCAUCUGCAGCAGCUAAACUGAGUGAAUUACUUGAGGCUGUCAAAUCCAGGGAUUUACUUGCACUAAUUCAAGUCUAUGCAGAGGGGGUAGAGCUAAUGGAGCCACUGCUGGAGCCUGGACAGGAGCCAGGUGAAACAGCACUUCAUUUAGCAGUCCGGACUGCUGACCAAACCUCUCUCCAUCUGGUUGACUUCCUUGUACAAAACUGUGGAAACCUGGACAAACAAACAGCGUUGGGUAAUACAGUUCUACACUACUGCAGUAUCUAUAAUAAGCCAGAGUGUUUGAAAUUGCUUUUGAGGGGGAAGCCAACUAUUGAUGUAGUAAACCAAGCUGGAGAGACAGCUCUGGACACAGCAAAAAGAGUGAAAGCUGUCCAGUGCGAGGAACUGCUUUCUCAAGCCAAGGCAGGAAAGUUAAACCCACACGUGCAUGUGGAGUACGAAUGGAAUCUUCGGCAGGAGGAAAUUGAUGAAAGUGACGAUGACUUGGACGAUAAGCCUAGUCCUAUAAAAAAGGAAAGAUCUCCAAGGCCCCAAAGCUUUUGUCACUCCUCAAGCAUUUCUCCCCAAGACAAACUGACUCACCCUUCAUUUAGCACUCCCAGAGACAAGCAAAGACUCUCCUACGGAGCCUUUACCAACCAGAUCUUUGCUUCUGCAAGCACAGACUCACCCACCUCUCCAACGUCUGAUGCUCCUCCUCUUCCUCCUAGAAAUGCUGGCAAAGGCCCACCUUCAACCCUCCCUCUAAGCACUCAAACCUCUAGUGGCAGCUCCACUCUUUCCAAGAAGAGACCACCUCCCCCACCCCCAGGACACAAAAGAACCCUCUCUGACCCACCAAGCCCACUACCUCAUGGACCCCAGAAUAAGGGCCCAAUUCCUUGGGGUAAUGAUUUGGGCCCACCUUCAACAAAGGCUGCAAACAAGUUUGAGGGGAUGUCUCAGCAAUCAAGCACUGGGACUGCAAAGACUGCACUUGGCCCAAGAGUUCUUCCCAAACUACCUCAGAAAGUGGCACUAAGAAAAAUAGAAACCAGUCAUCAUCUUUCAAUAGAUAAACCCCAUCAGCACAUGGAAAUGUUUCAGAAGCCCUCACUGUCCAUCGAUAUACCACAGAAACCACAGCCUGGAGACCUGCCCCCAAAGCCUCUGCCUCUGGAAUUAACUCAGAAACCUCAAGUGGGAGAUUUACCCCCAAAGCCUGGAGAACUACCCCCAAAGCCUCAGCUAGGAGACUUGCCACCAAAACCACAGCUUGGAGACUUACCUCCAAAGCCACAAAUGAAGGACCUUCCUCCCAAACCUCAGCUAGGAGAGCUGUUGGCUAAAACCCAAGGUGGAGAAGCAGCAGCGAAGCCUCAGCCCUCAGAGGCAAAUCAGAAAUCUCACUCCAUAGAUCUUUCUCCAAACGUACAGUCCAGAGACACCGUCCAAAGGCAAGCAUCUGAAGAGUCUAAUGACAUAACACACACCCUGCCAGAAACCCCUGUGCCACUUCCCAGGAAAAUAAACAUGGGGAAAAACAAAGUUAGGCGAGUGAAGACCAUUUAUGACUGUCAGGCAGAUAAUGAUGAUGAACUCACAUUUGUUGAAGGAGAAGUAAUUAUUGUAACUGGUGAAGAGGACCAAGAGUGGUGGAUUGGCCACAUCGAAGGACAACCAGAGAGGAAAGGCGUCUUUCCAGUGUCCUUUGUGCACAUUCUGUCAGACUAGUCAAACAAACAAACAAAUCCUAAACUUGAGCAUUGCACAUUCUUCAUGCAAGACGGGCUUUUUAGCAAAAGCGAACGCUGCUGCCUCCCUGUAAUCCUGUGCACAAUUGUAUAUAUAGCUGCUGUUACAAAUUAAGAAUUCAUUUAAGUUUCACCUCAUGAGGUUGAAUUAUAUGUAUUGUAAAUAUACUGUGUUAUUCUGCCUUUGCCAGUAUUAUGGUAGCCUUGGAACCUGGCACGCCUUACCGGGUUUGUUGAAGCCAUCCUGGGCAUUUAGCACUUCCAUCUCUGUCCGUGCUGUCCCACGCGUGUGGACUGCCAGCUUUCCAACUUAGGUGGUCUCUAUCACCCACGUAACUGUACAGAAAUGACUGUUCCUAAUAACUUGGUAUUCUCAAUAGACAAUUAGCAGAAAGUUAGAAUGAGUGAAUGGUUUUGGACAAUUUAAAGAUCAGUCUGCAGUUCAUAAGUGUAUGCAGUUUACAGCUAUGAAACCCACUUUGAUAUUUAUUUAAUAUAGUGCUCAGUUAAGUGUAAUUAUGAAGACAAAUAUUCACUGACUUUACAGAUAACAGUAAUGUUUUACAGUGUGCAUACAGCAUUUCAUGUUUAUAUUAUGUGGACCUAUGCCAAACUGUGAUUGCAGUUCCCCUGUGAUAUUACCUCACUAUAAAAAGUUACAAAUUUCAUUCGAAAACUUACUUUAAUGAAAAUUAGUCAUAUUGUUCUUUAGUAGAUAUGUGUGAAAUUUGCUGGUUUCUUUCACUGAAUUCUUAGUAACCAAGGACUUCUAGCAAAUGUUAACUGUUGACAUUGUGCAUGCAUUUAGAUGCUUACUUGAAACCUGCCUUUGUACAAAAGUAGUACUGUAGUCAUAUAGCUACAUUUGAGGAAAAGAACAUUUUAACUUAAUUGCUAUUCAGGUUAAUGUGAGCUUGCAGCAGUAUUUGUUUAUAGCUAAAUUGGCUCUUUGAAAAAUGAUUUUGUGGAUUUUUUUCCUCUGUCUUCAACCUUGCUAAAAGUUAGUUACCUAAAAUAAAUUUUUUAAGUGGUGAUUUAAGGAUAAAUUUAAAUUAUUUUUAAUGCUCUAAAAAGUGGAAGCGAAGAUGACCUCUUAUGCAUUUGAUGAGGAUGGGAAUGAUAGAUCUCAUAUCACAAGGAUAAGGCUGGUUUUCAUGGAGUUCACCAAACUGCGACAGUAAUGGUCGUAACAAAGCACGAAGUAACAGACAUACAGUCACAAAUCUAAUUUCUAAGAAAACCUUUGGAAGGCUGCAUUUGACCUGAGGUUUCUUGAAAGUUGGUAUAAAGUUGCAUUGCCAGAAAACACUUCAAUGUAUUACUGGAAACUUUAAUUUCCUGUGUCACUUUCAACAUAAUUUUUAAUCUUUUGAAACAGUUGCGGUUGUGUUUUUCCCAUGGUUUGUCUGUAGCGGGUUCCAUGACUUUCAUAUGUAGUUUUGUAUUACUUGCUUUAAAUGUUAUUUUGGCUUCAGUACCUAGUGCUGCUAUUUCAAAGCAGAUUGUCUUGGCUGCAUGGAAAGAUUUUCAUUUCAUAAAAGCAUAUCUCAGACUUUCUGAGGGCUUUCAUUUCUAAUACAGUUUUACAAGACUGUAGUCAGUGAAUAUUUAAUUCUGUUUGUGGUUAAUUUAGAAAUAAAUAUCUGUCUAAAUCCCACAUAAAAAAAAAAAGCAAAA